UAUCACCGUUGCGUCCGUUUGGUUCACUUAGGAACCAAACGGACGCAAACAGUCCAAAAAGGGGAGGAACCUACCUGAAUUCGUCCAAUAAGAAACUAUAAUUUUCGUUGCAAAAUAUUUACCGUUAAAACGUUUUGCUACGACAUGGAUUAAUGAAUACACCCCCAGGGUGAGAGAGAGAGAGAGAGAGAGAGAACACCGAUGACUUUCUAUGAACAUGGCCGCUCAAGAUGAACUCAAUCAACUGGAGCGAGUUUUCUUGCGUUUGGGCCACGCCGAGACAGAUGACCAACUCCAGGACAUCAUAUCCAAGUUCCUGCCCCCGGUCCUCCUCAAACUGUCCAGCGUGCAGGAGGGAGUCAGGAAGAAAGUGAUGGAGCUACUGGUCCACCUGAACAAGAGGAUUAAGAGCAGACCUUUGAUCCAGCUACCAGUAGAGACUCUCCUGGUUCAGUACCAGGACCCUGCUGCAGCAUCCUUUGUUACGAACGGUGGAUUCUCUCUGCAGAAUUCACCAUCAUUACAUCAAGAUGGGUUACCUCGAGAGGUGGGGAAACAGUGUGAGCUGGCACCAACCCUGCUGACUGCUAUGGAGGGAAGCCUGAGCCCACAGGAUAGCUUGAUGCACCUGCUGAUCCCAUCCUUGUACCACAUGAAAUGGCGUCUCCUUCAUCCUGAUGGAGAAACCAAGACGGUCCAGUUACUGCUGGAGUUUCAUGCUGGACGUACUGCUGAUGCUUACGGGUCAUUGACCUGCCCCUCCUUUCCUCUGGCCUCCCUCCCUCCCUCUCCGCUGACCUCCAGGUUUGUCCUGAACGAGCCUCCCACUCGUCCAGCUCCCUCGUCCCCUCAGGGUAGCGCUGGGGCAGCAGCGGCCGGACAGGGCCUCCCCCAGCCUCCUCCAGGGAUGAGCGUCUACGCUGCCAAGAGGGUCAUCGGCGAGGCCCAGUGGAGCCCAGAGCAGCUGGAACAGUGUAAGCUAGGCAUAGUGAAGUUCAUCGAGGCAGAACAGGUACCGGAGGUGGAGACGGUGAUACACCUGGUGGUCGCCUCUAGCGACACGAGACACGGCGUUGCCACGGCCGCAGACCUGGAGCUCAAGAGCAAGCAGAGUAUUAUCGACUGGAACAACCCCCUGAUCGUCAACAAGAUGUACAAGGUCUACCUGGGAGACAUCCCCCUCAAAACUAAGGGGGCCAGUCUGAAGAGGGAGCUGAAACAUGAGCCGGUCAGCACCAGAGUCAAGAUGAAGAUCCUACCACAUCUCCUACGCUCACGCCUCGCCGCUGAGUGCUUCCCCGCUAACAUACAGGUGGUGUACGACGGUCUGUUUGGAGCCAACACCAACAACAAGCUGCUCUCUCUCACACUUCAGUUUGUCCACCACAUCUGUCAGGUAUGUCCUGACACCAACAAGCCACUGGGUCUGAUGCUGCUGAAUGGCCUCACCAAGCUCAUCAAUGAGUACAAGGAGGAUCCUAAGUUGCUGUGUAUGGCCUACUCUGCUGUGGGGAAACUCGCCAGCCGGAUGCCCCAGCUCUUCACCAAAGAUAUUGCACUGGUCCAGCAGUUCUUUGAGGCCAUGUGCAAGGAGGAACCCGACGUCCGUCUAGCCAUCCAGGAGGCUCUGUCUAUGAUGGUGGGAGCCUACGCUAACCUACAGGGGGCGCUACUCAACCAGGAAGCUCUGGUGGCAGCUUACAUGGCCAAGCCUGAGGUGCAGGUGCGUCAGGUGGCAAUGAAGUACGCCAGCACGCGUGUCCUGAGGGCUCUGCCUGCUAAGAACUCGGAGAAAGAGGGUCGUAAACCCAUGCCCUCCUUCCCUGACAUGGUGGCCUACAUCCAGGAGAAGGCUGCUCAGAGGAUGAAGACACCAGCUAAGUACAUCGUGGGGACGUACACUCUACCCUUCAACCCUUCUGCGUUUGGCGAGAUYGUGCUGUACCUGCGGAUGUGUCUGGCCCACAGUGCCGGGGCCACGCCCGUCUCUAAGAGCCUGGCGGACAUGCAGGACGACGCGCCUGCCAUCGGACGCUACAUAAACACCCUGCUCUCCAACGACCCCCUGACCUCCCCRUCCUCCACCGGAACCAAGGGGGCAGAGGUCAACCCUGUACAGGUCUACAUGGAGCUACUGCAGCAGCUGUUGUCUGCUGUAGGAGGAGUCCCUGUGAUGUACUGUCUUCUGGAGGUGGUGUCUGUGUGUCCUCACAACCUGGCCCCCAAGUUUAUCCACAAGAUCGACUGGAUCAAGAGUCUAAUGAACACCAACAAGGAGGACCUAAGGGAGCUAGCAGCUCAGCUCUACGCUGUGGUGGUAUCCACCAUGUCAGGGAACGAGCUGAAGACUGCCGUUCAGACGCUCAUCAAGAUCACUAAAGAUACGCACAGCCCUGAGACCCAGCACGGAGCCAUCAUGGCGCUGGGCUACAUGGUGGCCAGGUACAUGAGCAAGAGGAAGUCCUUUGCUAACGUAGACUCCGCCCUCAACCGGGAACAGAGGAUGAACGACACGCCCAAGGAGGAUGAGGAGCUGGUCGCUAUAGCAACCAAGGCCAUCGGCUCUUUCCUAGACAGCGGUUCCCCCCUGCUGGCGGUCGCUGCCUGUACGGCCCUGGGGGAGAUCGGGAGGAACGGGACUCUGCUCAUCCCUUCAGAAGGAGAGGGAUUCACCAAACUAGCCAUGGUGGAGAACAUGCUGGCUCGCAUCCCCUCUGGGAAAGAGACCCUCAAGAUGAAGGAGAGAGCCAUCCAGACUCGGGUUAUCUACCAGUGGGGGGACGGAGACUUUGCCCACCAGAAGAAGCUGCUGCAGCUCAUGGACUCUGUGGAGGCUAAACAGGUAGAACUACAGUUUACAGUAGGUGCCAUCACCAGUGCUGCGAUAGGGACCAGUUCUGGAGCUGCCAGGGACCCAUGGACCUGUACUGAGGAACAAUACAGUCCCCCAGACAGUAAGACAUGUAACGAUGUGGUGCCGUGGUCCUUAGAACCUCCAUCCUGGCUAAGUACAUCCCAAGUCAAAACACCACGUCAGACAGGCUGCCGUAUAUGGCUGCUCUCUCUGGUCAAGAAGCUGCACCAACACAAAAGAGCAUCAGGAAGCUGCACCAACACAAAGAAGAUCAGGUCUCACCUGAAGGAAAUCCAGACUGCCUUCAUCUCCAUCCUGUCCGACCCUGACGGAGAAGUUUCCUCUCCUCUCUCUCCUCUCAACGAUAACAGUGGAGACCAAAACAAUAAGCUCAAUGACUGGUGGAGUGAGUCAGAGACGUCGCGUCUAAAGGGUGAAGGCACGCCGUGGUCGUGUGAGGACCACGAGGUGUGUCCAAGGCGGAAGCUCUGGCGGAAAGCCCCCGACGGACGACGGGACUCCUCCACCUACAAGGAGCUGUGCUCAUUUGCCAGAGAAGGUAACAUACUACACACACAACACACCACACCACACCUACUGAACCUCAGCCUCCGAGCCACGGAGCAGGAGAAGAGUGCCGAUGGAUGCAGCAGACUCAGUGCUGCCAAGUCCUCCCCCUGAUGGAGACCUCAACUGUGUCUGCAGCACCUGGACGUGUCUGUCCUGGGGGAGCUGGUCCCCAGACUCUGUGACCUGCUGAAGAGUGGAGUGGGUCUGGGCACCAAGGGCGGUUGUGCCAGUGUGAUCGUGUCCCUCACCGUCCAGUGUCCCCAGGACCUCACCCCCUACUCAGGUAAACUGAUGAGUGCCCUACUGAAUGGAAUCCAUGACCGUAGCAGUGUUGUCCAGAAAGCAUUCUCCUUCGCUCUGGGACAUCUAGUCAGGACAGCGAAGGACAGCAGUGUAGAGAAACUCUUACUGAAACUCACCACCUGGUACAUGGAGAAAGAAGAGCCGGUGUACAGGUCAUCGUGUGCCCUGACGGUCCACGCUAUCAGCCACUACAGCCCUGAUGUCCUAAAGGGGCACGCGGUGGUAGCUCUACCGCUAGCCUUCCUGGGUAUGCACCAGGCGCCGGGACCGGACGAGGAGAAGGGAGAGAGCCAUGACGCCACGCUGUGGAACGAGGUCUGGCAGGAACACGUACCAGGUCAGAGAGAGAGAGAGACACACACCUGUCCAGAAAAGACACGCACACAACCUGGUCAGAGAGACACGCACGACACCUGUCCAAGAGACACCACACACCUGGUCAAGAGACGCACACACCUGGUAUCAGAGGAGACGCACACACUCUGGCCACAGAGUCUGGGUUCAGCCCACGCUCUGUCCGAGCCGGACCGCGACCAGAAGACCCAUGGGCGGGCGCACAAUUGUCUCAGCGUCGUCCAGGUUAGGGAGGUUGGCCGGAGGAUGUCCUAUGUUCCCACGCGCUCUAGCGAUUCCUGGGCGGCGGGCCGCAGGGCACGCUCUGACACGGUCGCCAGGCCACGUUCGGAUGCGGCUGGCUUCAG